CACUGGAAUUGUGCGGUCGAAUCCCAGUAUAGGCAUGGAUGUCUAUGUGCAUUUAUUGUGUGUAUGUGUUGUUGUGCGUGUAAAUAGCGUCCUUCAGACUGGCUUAUCCCCCGUCCAAGGAGUCCUACUGAAUGUGUAUAUGAAUACGAAACUGAAAAAUCGGCCAAGGUCCACAAGGGCUGUAGAACCAUAGACAGAGAUAUAUGGACAAAAGUUGCAAUUAGUGGGACGGAAUAUUUGUUUGCUUUUCACUAGUACCAAGCAAAAGUAAUUUGUGACUGUCUUGAGCAAGGCCUCUCUACCAGGCGAGUCUGAAUGUUGUCACACACUGACAGAGUUGACGUUGUAACACCGAUACAGGCACCAAAACAGGUCUCCUCACAGCCCAGUGAUGAAGAGACUGUUGUGUUAUAUCACUGUUCUCAUGGCCGAAGCGUGCGCCUUCUCGCAUCAGAACGUCUCCAAUCAAACUUUCCCGACAAAUUUCUUGAUCGGCGCUGCCACUUCAGCAUUCCAGAUUGAAGGAGCUUGGAACGAAAGCGGUAAAGGAGUGAGCAUCUGGGACACAUACGUACAUACUAGACCAUUCAUUGUCGAUGGAUCGACUGGUGACAUUGCUGCUGAUUCGUAUCAUCUGUACAAACAGGAUAUAAAAGCACUGAAAGAGCUAGGGGUGGAUUUAUACCGGUUCUCAAUAUCAUGGCCUCGCAUUCUGCCAACGGGACUUCUGAAUGUUGUUAAUCAGGCAGGAAUUGAUUAUUACAGCAAUCUUAUAAAUGAACUAAAGGCGAACGACAUUGAACCCAUGGUGACAAUGUACCAUUGGGAUCUUCCCCAGGCACUGCAGGAUCUGGGAGGCUGGGUUAAUCCAGUAAUAGCCGAUUACUUUGAGGAUUAUGCACACUUGCUCUACACGCAUUUUGGAGACAGGGUAAAAUGGUGGAUCACAAUUAAUGAGCCGAUUAAUAUAGCAUUCGGUUAUGACGGCAAUGAAUCUCGCGCCCCAGGAGUGGACGCCAGGGGCAUCGGGGGCUAUCUUGCUGUCCACACCAUAAUCCGAGCCCAUGCCAAAGCUUACCGCCUCUACGACAAGGAAUUCAGGAGCAAACAGGAAGGAAAAGUGAGCUUAUCAAUUCCCACCUGUUGGUUUGAACCGGUGUCCAACUCUACUGAUGACGCGGAAGCUACGGAGAUGCAGAUGCAGCUAACAUUCGGUCUGUUCACCCAUCCUAUCUACAGUUCAGAAGGGGACUACCCAUCGAGAGUAAGAGACAUAUUGGAUAGGGUCAGUGCCGCACAAGGGCUAAGACGAUCUACACUAAGACAUUUCACAAACGAAGAAAUUUUGAAUAUUAGGGGAACGUACGAUUUCUUUGGACUGAACUAUUACUCACUCUGCUUUGUGAAGUCUCUCAGAUCACUACACGACACAGCUACUUCAGAAUUCCUCUACGCAGACAUCACCGUCAGUCCCGAGUGGGCCACAGAUGAUCCAAAUUUCAGGGUAGCACCGUGGGGGUUCCGUAAAUUGCUGAAUUGGAUCAAGAAGGAAUACAACAAUGUUCCAGUGUUUGUUACUGAAAAUGGCUUCCCCGAUGGCGGUGACAUCCUGGAUAUUGGAAGAAUUAAAUAUAUUGUCAGUCACAUGAGCGAAAUUGUGAAAGCAAUCCAUGAAGAUGGCUGCAAUGUGACUGGCUAUACAGUUUGGAGUCUCAUAGACAAUAUGGAGUGGGAAAAAGGAUACACAGAGAAGUACGGUUUGUACCACGUCAAUUUCAGCGACCCAAACCGUCAACGUAAACCGAAGAGUUCUGCUUAUAUUUUCUCCGAAAUUACGAGAAAGCGUGAGCUACCGAGAUAUUUUCUGGAUAUCACAGGAGAAUUUUUGGAAAUCAUACCGUCUGAGAUUAUAAAGGAACGUAAUGCUCAAAUAAGCAAUUCAUCCUCGUCCCGUCAUAACGCCGCAUCCUGGGGUUGGAAGUUAUUGACUUACAGUAAGGACUUCCUGAUCAUAAUGUUGGCAACAGUGAUCAUCAGCUGUUUCGUCUUCAGAUCAAGUUAAUAGUUUAUUUCAUAAUAGUGGAAACAACGCAUGAAGGGGUCUGUUCCGUUUAAUAUUAUUUUGUAGAAAUACUGAAAUUGUGAUUUAUAAAGUCUGCAGUAUGUAAAUAUAGCGUGAAAGAGCCAAUGACUGAUAAUGUUAGUGCCAUACGCUAAAGAAAGAGGGGGAAAGGGUAUUGACUAGCUACUGGUGGCGGUCUCUUGCGAACUCAGACGGAAACUGUAGGUCCUGCGAACAGCGGCAUGUUUACCGAUUUAGUGUGAUUUGCUCUAUAUCUGGACAGAUUGUUGUAUGGACACUGGAACAAUAUAUCCUUUUUGCGUUUUGACAACUAGACAAGUAAAUA